AUGGCUGCAGCUAUUGUUGGCUGCAGCAGACUAACAUUCGACUCUCAAUACAUUUCCGAGGUCGACAUGACGGCAGCGAAGCAUAUUAUUAGACUGCAAGUCUAUCUCGCCUGGGUAGACGCCUGGGUCUCAUCUUCUGAACAAAGAGAUGCAAUAGAUGCAAUUGAGAUCGAUGAAUAUGGAGCGGAAGAAAGCGGAUUCGACAGAAUGGACAUCCCAAGCAUGAGUUCGAAUGAAAUGGCAGAUUUGUUCCAGGACGAAUACCUACCGUAUCUUCUCAAACCAGACAUUCUCGCAGAAGUGGUCCAUGCAUUCCGCCAACAUUUGGUUCAUAGACGCAUCAAAGUCGGAGGAAGCCUUGCACCUUCAAGCCCUGAAACUAAUGUUUUCUCUGAGAGAUAUGACCCUCGAGUAGAGUGCAACUGUGCAGGGGAUACGCGAGAUGAUAAGACGACUUUAACAGAUCUCUCAUUGUGGCAGGAUAGUGAAUGUCAAUCCAUUAGAAGGACCGUUGCUGCUGCUCAGAGAGUAAUCAACAAUCAGCAUGACUGGAAGCAAGAAAUCUUCACAACUCAAGGCCUGACUGACGCCAUCAUUGAGCUAUUCCUUUCAAACAGUGACCCCCAACCCAUUCCGGAUACAUGCCAUGGCUCGGGACUCACCAAUCCAAUUCCCGAGAUCAGGGCUCCUGAUCGACGACCUAAUCCGGAGUGCGACUCUGAUCCGAAUGUCCAUGAUAGCCUGUUCCCCACGACAGAGAAAAUCAAGUUGUGCGCAGAUGCAAAAUAUUUCUUUGCAAUGGCCUGUGGCGGCAGUCUAUGUGACGAAGGCCUCUUACGAGCCAUCGCUGAUGCAGGCAAUGAUGUUCUCAUCGGAGACUAUGGCGAUGCAAUGGAUGAGAAGACGCUAACCACAUUGCGAAGGGACGGAGCGGCAGCUGUGGCUUUCUUGAAGCUUUGCAAGCUUGCAGAUGUUGUUACAGCAAUACAAUUCGAUAAUCUGGUCGCAUCUUUGAUCCAGUUUCGUGUGCUCGGAUAUUAUAGGGACCAUGGACGAGCGAGCCUUGCAGGUGGUCUUUACGGUAGCCAUACUACUGGACUUGUUGUACACAGAUAUAUAGACAGUGCCAUCUGGGUGGGAGUCAUGUCGGCAUCGUUGGCUACAGGAGAAGAAAUCACGGAAACGAAAUAUUUCAGACUCGUUACAGUCUGUUCAUUAUUCAAUGACCUGGUCGAUCUCCGGGGAGACGCGAUGCGAAAGCAAAGAGAGAACCCUAUUCUCCGAGGCGUUCGCGGACGUCUCUGUGGAUAUCUGGACUCUUGCAUUUCGCAAUGCCUUACCCUAGCUUGCGAAACCCUUGGAUCAGACCGACUAAGCGGGAUGGUGGUGCUCGGAUUCUGUAAUUGGGUUGUCAUGGCCUCUCAUCACAAGGUAUAUGAGCUCGUUAACGGCGUCCGAGAGGUUGAUCACUAUUCCACCUGCAAGUACGACUCAACCGAGGACGAGACGAAAUAUAAUAACUUGCUCAGAGUACUGGAGCACUAUGGCACCCUGGGAAAGGACGGUCCACAUGUCCUCAUGGGUCGUGCUACCAUGGAUAAACUAUACUCGAUCAAUCGCGACAAAUCCGAGACGCAUCUUGCCUGGAUGGCUGAUAUAACGAGAAGCCUUUUGAAACCGGAGAUCCUCCGAAAGAUUGUAGACGUUGUGCAUUUUGAAUGGAAGGGGGAUAUUGGAGAUGGAGAAUAUUGUCCUUGAGUGUGUAGACUUAUGUUCUCGCAUACACUUUUCAUGUCAUUGAAAAAUAUACCGUAGCCGUAUAUGCAAUAGUAUAGUAGAUUCUAAGAUAUUCGAAGCUGUUGACUUCGCUAACGAAGAUCCUGGUCAUAUGCGGAGGUUGCAUUAUCACACGUGGUAGAUGCAAGUGUCCGAGACUUCCAACAUUCAGACUAAACUCUUGGACGUCGACGCCAAUCUGGAAAGACUACGCUUUCAUCGCAGUGGCAACUAGACAACAUUGACACUCAUGAACGUUCCUUAUUUGAUUCAGAGGUUAUUGAAAUAAACAACGAAGCGCAAGUUGUAUUGUAAAUGUGUAAAUACGAAAAUCCACAAUUGUUACCUCGGCUGGUAAUCUAUUUCAAAAUUACGAACCAUUUUAGCGGGACCCGUACGAAAGUUCGUUUUCUCGCCGUGAAUCGGAAGUUUGUGGGCCGGCUAUUCGGGACGGGUUUCUGGCGAACAUCGGACACUGGGCAUCGUACCGAGCAUGUGCGGAAUAGACACAGUCGCGAAUACAAUACAAUGCUCUUUGACAUGCGCACAUGUUUUCAUGUCGAGACUUGAAGAUAUAUGGUGGAAGCAACCCGUUAUCCCUUCAAAGCAGGUACUUUUAAUUGUGCGAUGGUCAGCCGAUGAUUGACUUGCUGUGUCCAGUACCUCGAGUCGAACUGCUUUCUGCGCUUCGUUUGCUGUUUCACGCAUUGUGAUAUUGAUUGAGCCGGAACUAUGUUUCAGGUUCGUCGGUAUCCAUCAAUGUAUGCUCUCGCUUGCCAUUGUCGACGACCAAUCCCACUGCCUGCUCCGCCGUCUUAUGCGUAUGGACGUCUUCCUUGAGGAUUCGCAGUCUGUUGGAGAUGGUGACGUUGUGAGCAACAGUUGACCAGUCAUCCUUCCCGCGGGCUCUUGAUUCUUACCUUCUCUUAUGAUUCUUUCCCUUGCGAUGUGCCACCAAAUUGUGCUCAGUUUCGAACCAUUUUGCGCAUUCGACACAGUAGUGUUGUCCUAGACCGGGAAGAUCUUCAGCAUCCUUGGUGGCUUUGAAGUCUUGUAGGUGUUUCUUGGAAGCGAGGUCCUGACGGAUUUGGUCGUAGUCUCUGUGAGAUGAAAUUCAUUAGUUAUUUUCGCAGGUACUUGCAAUUGUGCGUAUGCGACUAUCACCAGUUGACUUGCUGGCGGCAGUAAUAGAUCGGACAUGCGCUGUUUGAAUAACGAACCAGCCUGCUACACUGCUGAGUCUUGCCUUGAAGCCUAACAAAAAAUUUUCAGGUCGAAAUGUCCAAACUCUGAUUGGACGGCGCCUGCGCUAGUUGCCCAAAUCGGUUAGCACACCACAGACUGAGAGCAAACGGUGCUUCCGGCUAAGAUCGGAUAACCGGAUUUUCCUUUUCCUAUGAGCUUGUAUCACUGU